GAAUGCCACUUAAAAUAAAGAAAAGUACUGUCCGUAAAGUCGACAUUUGAACUUUUGCUCCGAGAGCAACGGCUGGGUUAUACAUUGGUUGUCAUUUCUCAAACUUGACUUUAUUUAAUUGAAGACUGCAAAAGAUGUGUAAGUUAAUAAUGAUGCUACAAACAUUAUUCGUCGUUCAUGUUUUAAUUGUUGCAAGCGUAUCAUCAUCAGGCGUGGAAAAUACUUCUACAUCAAUGGGUUCGUCAAAAGAGUUAGCAGAUGUAAUAUCUUACCUUAAGUCAUCAGUGGAUUCAUUGCAACUGAAGGUAAACAAAUUGGAGUCAGCCCUGCAAAGGAGAUCCGUGACAGCAGGUAGAGGUCGCGAGCUUGUAUACAGGCCAACACGGGAAACCAAUGACGAGAUAGCUGUAUACGCUUACUUGUCAGCAUCGAAGUGUCUUGGUGCGCAUCAGGUUGUUGUGUUUGACCACGAGGAAACGGAUACUACCUUUUCGUACAACACAUACACCGGGAUAUUCACGGUCCCUAUGAAUGGCCUUUACGCUGUGUCCGUAACUGCUGGGUCCGACUUUUACACGUACUUCGUCGGUGAAAUCGUCAUCAACGGUAUUGUCAAAGGACUUGUUCUUUCAAAUAGCGAGGAUAUCCAUGACCGUCACACCGGUAGUACAACAAUUAUUUUUCGAGCCAUGAAAGGGGACGUCAUCUUUGUCAGACGUGCGACAACAAGCAGUUGCACCAUCUUGAGCGAUUGGCAAAGUGCAAUUUCAUCAAUUUCCAUUUGGAAAAUAAAUUAAAUAUUUUACUGCUUAAUACAAUGGAAUAAACGACGCAAAAAUAA